AUGGCAUCGGACGAAACGAUGAACGGGUGCUUCCGCAUCAUAGGCGAGGCCAUCUCGGUCGAGCCCGAAGACUUCCAAGACCACGAGACCUGGCACUUCCUCGGCCUCAAGGGCCUCUUGGCUUCAGCCACAGCAUCCGAUCUCAAGGCUCAGACGGACGUGAAAGAUAUCCCGGAUGAUGUCUUCGAGAAAUUCCCGACGGUCGGAGCAUUCAGAGCCUUCCUCAAGGGCGACUCAUCAUCACCGUCGAAGAGGAAAGACGACGACGAGGAGGAGCCCGCCAAUCCAUGGGACGGGAUCCCGAAGCCCAAAGUUCCCCUUUCAAUCAUUCUCCAGGGCAAACCAGAGACGUCCCACAUGACCGUCUUCCUCUUCCCCGACGGCUCCGGCGCCGGAGGCUCCUACCUCAGUCUUCCCCCCGUCGGCGACGGAAUCUGUCUCAUCGGCCUCAACUCGCCCUUCCUCCGGCAGGCGCAGAACUUCACCUGUUCCAUCCCGCGCAUGGCCCGACUCUGGCUCGACGAAGUGCGAAAGCUACAACCCAAAAGCCAACCGUACAUCCUCGGCGGCUGGAGCGCGGGCGGCUUCUACUGCUACGAGGUCGCCAAGCUACUCACGCACGCCGGGCAGCGCGUGGACCGGCUGAUCCUGAUCGACUCGCCGUGUCGCUACCUCUACGAAGCCUUACCGGCGCAGGUCGUCGACGAGCUGACGCGCAACGGCCUCAUGGGCGCCAGCGGCGAGAAGAAGGCCCCCGAAUGGCUCGUGCAGCACUUCACCUCCACCGUCCUCUCCGUCGACAAGUACUGGCCGGAGCCCUUCACGCCCGCCACCGUGCCGCCCCAAAUCCACUUCAUCUGGGUCCGCGAAGGCUUGGUCCGCAGCGUGCCCGAGUCGGGUUUGAAGGUGGAUCUGAAUGUCAAAGUCACGCGCUUCCUGCUCGAGCCCCGUGGGGAUCUGCAAUCCGAGGGCUGGGAGAGGCUGUUGCCCGGGGCGCGCAUGAGUUUUGAUUAUAUGACCGGCAACCAUUUCCAGAUCACGCAGGCGCCUCAUGUAAGUUUUCCCCCGCGCCUUGAGAGAGCUGGAAUUUGGGAAGAUUCUGUUGCUGAUCGAUCAAUGUCUGCAGUCUCACAGUCUGGCAAAGCUGCUCGCCAAGGUCCUGGCAACUUAA